AUGGACCAUCUCCUGGAGGAAAUGAAGACACGCUUCACUGACUUGUAUGAGCGAACAGCACUAGGGCUGAAACUUGUUCCUUCAGAAUUGGAAAAUAGUGUAGAGGUGAAUUCACUGAAGGCCUUUUUCCAGGAGGACAUGCCAUCGCCAUCAACAUUUGAUGCAGACUUCCAACAGUGGAAAUUCUAUUGGACGGAUCAGACAGAGAAGCCCACCUCCCUUUCAACUGCUAUCAAGGAAUGUGAUAUCCACAUGUUUGAAAACAUUUCAACUUUAUUAAAAAUAUGUGGAACAUUUCCAUUAACAAGUUGUGAAUGCGAACGUAGCAUCAGUGUGCUGAUACAUCUCAAAACGUAUCUGCGGUCAACAAUGGGACAGCAGAGAAAGACCUCUCUGGCUCUUAUGUUCAUUCAUAGAGCAGUGAAAGUUCUAACUACAGACAUUGUGAGAGAGUUUGCCAGGAAGAAUCCAAGGAAGAUGGAGCUUCCAAGCAUUUUGAUUGAGGAAUGA